UAUUAUAGGCGUACAGCACUGUCAGUUAUCUUUGCUCCGCCCUCUCACAUUGCAGCAUGGAGGAUAGAAUGUAACAAAAUCCAGGUAGCAACUGUAGCAAGGCAAGAGGUGGUGUUCAAUUUAAGAGGACAUCGUGCUUGGAAGAUAAGAAAGUGAUGCACGAUGCCCAUAGUGGACAAGCUGAAAGAGGCCCUGAAGCCUGGCCGGAGGGACUCGCCCGACGAGGGCGACCUCAACAAGCUGCUGGCCUCGUCCGCCAAGAAGGUGCUCCUGCAGAAGAUCGAGUUUGAGCCGGCGAGCAGGGGCUUCUCCUACCAGCUGGAGAGCCUGAAGAGCAAGUACGUCAUCCUCAACCCCAGGAGCGAGAGCGCCGCGGGGCCGAGGCCCGCCGACACCGUCCACAUCAAGAGGCAGGUGUCGGAGAGCGCAGGCGGGGGCCAGAGCGAUGGAAUCCCCGCCCCCCAGAAAAUGCUGUUUCCCGCUAACCGGCUCUCCAUGAGGUGGGAGCGCGUCUACAGGGUGGGGGCCGGCCUCCACAACCUGGGGAACACCUGCUUCCUGAACUCCACCGUGCAGUGUCUCACCUACACCCCGCCCCUCGCCAACUACCUGCUGUCCAAGGAGCACAGCCGCUCGUGUCACCAGUCGGGGUUCUGCAUGAUUUGCGUGAUGCAGAACCACAUCGUCCAGGCCUUCGCCAACACCGGGAACGCCAUUAAGCCCGUGUCCUUCAUCAGAGAUCUGAAGAAGAUCGCCCGCCACUUCCGGUUCGGGAGCCAGGAGGACGCCCACGAGUUCCUGCGCUACACGGUGGACGCCAUGCAGAAGGCCUGCCUGAACGGCUACCCCAAGUUGGACAGGCAGACCCAGGCCACCACACUGGUCCAUCAGAUCUUUGGGGGUUAUCUCAGGUCACGAGUGAAGUGCUCCAUUUGUAAAAGCGUAUCGGACACCUAUGACCCUUACCUGGACAUUGCUGUGGAGAUCAGGCAAGCGGCGAACAUCGUCCGGGCCCUGGAGCUGUUCGUCAAACCGGACGUCCUGAGUGGAGAGAACGCGUACAUGUGUGCUAAGUGUAAGAAGAAAGUGCCGGCGACCAAACGCUUCACCGUCCACCGCACCUCCAACGUGCUGACGCUGUCGCUCAAGAGGUUCGCUAACUUCAGCGGCGGGAAGAUCACCAAGGAUGUGGGUUACCCAGAAUUCCUGAACAUACGGCCCUACAUGUCUCAGAGCUCAGGGGACCCAGUCAUGUACGGCCUGUAUGCUGUCCUGGUGCAUUCUGGGUACAGCUGUCACGCCGGGCACUACUACUGCUAUGUCAAGGCCAGCAACGGGCAGUGGUACCAGAUGAACGACUCAAUGGUUCAUUCCAGUAACAUCAAAGUGGUCCUCAAUCAGCAGGCCUACGUCCUCUUUUACCUGAGAAUCCCCGAAGCGAAGAAGAACACGGACGGCCCGGUGAUCAAGGCGGGGGCGCUGCACGCCGGGAGGAACGCCAUGACCCCCGAACAGCUGAAGAAGGCCACCCUCAACGGGUCACUGUCGUCGCCGCAGGUUACCAAGAAGCUGGACCCCUCUCAGCUGCGGAAGAUCCAGUCCAUGGAUGGCGGGGUCGGGGUCCCUGUGCCCCGAGGCGGCGGCGGCGGCCCCUUGCCCAAGCUGGCUAAUGGCAUACCCUCGGGCCACGCCCCCUCCAAGCCGCCGGGCCCCACCCUGAUCGAGGAACCCUUCAAGAAGCUGAAGAAGCCGUCGCCGCAGACGCUGGGCCGCAGCGCCACGCCCGCCCCCUCCAACGGCCUGAGCAGGGCGGACGGCGAGCGGAGGCCGGGGUCGGAGGUCAGGGGCCUGGCUGCAUCUACCUCAAUGAAGUCCCUGUCCGACUCGUCCUCCGCAGACAACUCCGAUUCCAAGGACUGCGGGGGGCCCCGGAGCGCCCCUGCCGGCGACCCGGCCGCCCAGAGGAGCGGCGUGAACGGGACGGCCUCCCCCAGCCGCUCGGCCGAGGGGUCCAAGGGCCUGGAGCACAGGGCCGGAGACGACCAGAAAACGGUCAAGUUAAAACCCCAGGCCCUCACCAACGUCACCUCCGAACCCACCAGCACCAUGUCGCCCCCGCCCGCUAAGAAACUGGCCCUGUCUGCUAAGAAGGCCAGUCCCAGCUGGAGCCCGAUCAGCAGUGAGGCUCCGCUUCCCCCCGCACGCCAUCCGUCCAGAGACCCCACGCAUCCCGCACACCUCCACCCCCUCAUCUCCGCUCCUCCCGCGCGCGCUAACAGGGCUGCUCCAUUCCAUUUGCCCAAACCCCAAUUGCCACCCACACCCCAGCCCAGCGCAGACCCCCCCCACACCCCCCUGUCCUCUGCUCUGCCGAGGCCGCCGCCCACCUUCUCUGCUCAGACCAAUGGCUUUCUCCCACACCCUCUGAAGACCCCCAGUCCGGCCUCUCUCACGCGAGGCCCCGCCCCCGAGCCUGCCGGCCCCGCCCCGCAGAGGAAGAAGAAGAAACACAAGCGCCGCCACUCGGAGAUGGAGGCGGAGACACCGCCGGCCGCCGCGCAGCCCGAGCGGGAGGCGGGACAGCCGGAGGCCGACCGCAAAAAGAAGAAGAAGAAGAAGAAGAAAAAGAAGCGGAAGAGAGAGGAGGAGGAGGAGGAGGGGGAGUGUCCCAGGAGCCCCGGGGAGAUGGCGCAGUCGCACCUGGAGCCUCCGGCCCCGCCCCACCCCUCUCAGGAGGAGGACUGGUGUCUGGGGGAGCCCUGGACCAUCUCCCCCGCACCUGCACGGGCGCAGACACAGCUGGAGCAGACGCAGACGCAGCCAGAGCAGACGCAGACACAGACGCAGACUCCCAACGCGGGACAGCAAGCCGCAGACGCGGUCAGGAAGAAGAAGAGAAAACGCAAGGACAGACAGGAAGAGGAAACGGUCUCUUACCCUGCCCCAGAAGGCUCCAGGAUGGAGGGAGGAGACACUGGGACAGAGCUGAAGAAGAAGAAGAAGAAGAAAAGGAGGCUGAAGGAACACUUGGAGAGAUGCGGAGAGAAGGGCCAGAGAGCGAGCGAUCGGGAGCACACGGACGCAGGCGCAGUCCUCCCGCCACAGGGGGGCGCCGUCGAGGCAGGGAAGGCCCCCGUCUCCAGCUCAGCCGCAGUGUUCGUGUGGGACAGCCGGGUGAGGGACGGGUAUAGGCGCCUGCAGGCGGACCCCGCUGCGGAGGAAGGGGGAGGACGCGGCCCCCGCCCCGCUGCCACGGGCUGGGACGGCGCGCGGACCGGCGGCGUCGUGGAGGAGCUCCUCAGGAACUCCGCGGACACGGCGUACGGAACGCAAGUGCUCAGCUGGGACGGGGACGUCUCUGCUAUCAGCAGGGAUGCGGCGGACGACGCGCGGCUCUCGAAAAUGGACACCGUGAUCGACGAAUGGGACGAGGACUUCGACAGCGGGAAGGUAAAGAAGGUGAAAAAGUACAAGAAGGAGAGGAGGAGGAGUUUUAAUGUUUUCCAGAAGAUACAGGACCGGAAGAACAUGUGGUCUGUCACACCAGGAGGGAAGAAGGGUUGCCUGGGAUACCGCUACUGACCAAGAGAACCAGUUGGCAUGUGGGAUGUUUUAAGACGGGGGUCGUCCUCUGUGGCUCUCCGCUCGAAGGCGAGGGGCCCUGCCAGAGGCUGGCGCUGCCGUCUGCCCAAUCGGACCAGAACUUGGCCGGGGGGGCGGUCCUGCGGUCCGGACCACGGCGCUGUGACGUCUCCACGCGGCCCGCGGCCUCCUCUGAGGUUCUCUGCUGGGGGGGAAACGAGCGGAACCGGACAAGUCCGACACACGGGCGGCUCGAUCCGGGCUAAUCCGGGCUAAUCUCGGGCAAUCUGCCACGAGUGCUGGAAAAUGCUACCACAGUACAAGGCCUGAGUGCGCCGGUUCAUUGAUCCAACCAUUUAACGACUAGGCAUGAAUGAGUCGGCUCACCGAGGGCGUCACAGCCAUCUUGUACUGCGGUCGUCAUGGCGGCAUGUCACGCGUCCCCGUUUUGAGUGGAAGUACUGCAACGCGAUCUCCUUCAUUCACCCAAGACUUCCACUCUCUCCGAGAAAUACUCAGACGACGUUAAAAAUGAAAUCUCGGCUUGCUGAUAUCCUUGCUUCUGUCAUUUCUGAACAUUGUGACCGUUAGUUAAUUGAGCUUUUAAGUCUUUCGUAAAGGCCGGCGGGUCAAGCUGUGUUUGACCGAACGUGCGCCAUGUUGCUCGUGAAGUCUUGGUGAAUGAGGGGGAGCGCGAAUUUUGAAUGUGAGAAUGAGAAUGAAAUGGGAGUGUUUUGGGUGCACAAACGAGGGCAGUGCUGUACAACCAAGCUGUCAACAGCCUGCCGCCACCUAGCAACCAGGAGCAGGCUGUUACAGUCUUUCAUGGCCGCAAUCCUGCUAGCUGCGAAGUUGCCUGUGGUAAUGGUAAUCUUGCGUACACCUGGAACAUCUGGCCAAGUGACCUCCUUUCCAAAAAACUACCCCCGACAGUCGAAGAGUGAAAAGUUAGGAAAGUCAGAAGGUUUCUGAAAUCUGCGACGCCCUCAGUUACCUGUUCUCGACUUCAAACCGGGAGUGGUGUUACAGUUUAACCACAUCCUUCCCCCCCCACCCAUGGUGACACACCCUUGCUGAAACUGCGGAGGCCACAGUUGCUAACUGUGACUUUGAGUUAAGGCAGGCUUUUGGAGCCUCAGGGUUGUUGUGGGCCCCGGCUGCAGGUGAACGCUUUGCAGGAAUGCUUUUGGCCACUGAAAGGCUUGCGCCUGGCGACCUUUUCUUUUUUGUUUGUUUGACUGUUUGUUUCUUGAAUUCUUUAAAAGUGUAAUUUUGUUCCUUUGCCAAACAUGCUGUAAGGCACGUGUGCGUUGCCCAUACAGUUAAGUUUAACACGUGGAAAAGAGGGGUUUUGGACUUCAUUUUUUGUUGUUACUGUUGAUGAAUUCCAUGCAUGUAAUAGUUUUGUUGAAUUCAGUUUUAUUUUUCUAUGUGAAUUGUACAUCCAAAUAAUCAUACAUUUGGAAGAUUUAUAUUGAAAGGAUAGUCUUGACACCGAGGAUAGAUUUGGAUUAAUUUACUUGUUUGACCGUGUACAAGUAAAUGGUACAGAAAUUUAAAAAAACACGGCAGGAUAUUUAAAAAAAAAAAAAAAAAAAAAAA